UCUGUUUUUUAUAACAAUAAUUUAUAGACCUACAAAUAUAUACUAGUAAUCUGUGUUAUAGACUUUGUUGGUGAUAAAUGUUGAGAAAAUGAAGACUUUUCGAGAGUUUAUCAAGUUUUCCAAAAGUAUAAAUCAAAUAAAUAUAUUGCAACAGAAACGUUGCUAUGCACAAAUAAGGACACCGGCUAAAGUGAAUGUUUUGGAGCGAGUGUCAACAGAUGUAUCAGAUACAACACCUUAUUUUCCCAAAUCAUUUAAUCUUGCUGCUUAUAUUAAUAGUUCUGAGACACUACAAAAUCUGCUUAAUCUCAAUGUUGACCUAAAUAAAUUAGAUAAACGACCGUAUAUUGCAGAGAAGAUAUUAAAAUUAGAUUUUGAAAAGGACAUGAAACAAAUAUUAUUAUUUUUAAAUGAAUUCCUCAAAAAGGAAGACAUGGGCACUUUUUUAAGCAAAAACCCUAUGAUAUUAACUGAAGACAUUGACAAUCUUCAUGUGCGAAUUCAUUAUUUACAAUCAAAGCAAUUCAAUAACAUUCAAAUAACUAAAAUCAUUCUCAAGAAUCCGUUUUGGUUAAUGUACAGUACUGUGAGAAUAGAUAGAAGGUUGGGAUAUUUUCAAAGCAAAUUUGACCUAAGUGGAAAUGAUAUUCGGAAUUUAGCAACUAAACAACCUAAAAUCAUAACUUACAACCUUCACCAUAUAAACACCAAUUCCUUUGUUAUAAAAGAGGAAAUGGGAUAUAAUGAUCAAGAGAUAAAACAGUUGAUAUUGCAUCAACCAAAAUUGUGGAUGAUUUGUCAAAAGAAGUUGUUGGAAAGGUUUAAUUAUAUUCACAACACAAUAAAAAUUAGUCAUGAAAACAUAUUAUUACAUCCAAAUAUUUUACUGUGUAGAAAUUUCAAGAUUAAACAAAGGCAUAUUUUCUUACAACAAUUAGGAAGAGCUCAAUUUGAUCCCUCUAAAGAAAACUAUGUUCCAAUUAUGGCAUUGGCUGAAAAUACCGAUGUAGAAUUUUGUAAAAAUCAUGCCAAAUGUCACAUUGAUGAGUACAAUCGAUUUCUAAAAACUUUAUAG